UUCCGUUGGUGGGAUAAGAGACAGUACCGAACACACGUGACGCAGUCCAGAAGCCAAUUGGCCCUGCAGAUCGCGCUCCGCUUCCCUCCACAGCCCCCGCCCCGGCGCCCCCUCCGCCCCUCCGCCGUCGACGGCAUGUUCCAGGAACGAGAGCGUUGCGACUGAAUCAUAAUCUUCAUAGGGUUGCUCGGAUGUCUACUGCACAGCCUCUGAAGAAGUUAGUCUCGGGUGUUGUCCUUGAUUUGGAUGGCACUCUUUUGAACACAGAUGGCAUUGUAAAGGAGGUUUUAAAAGUAUUCCUAGUUAAAUAUGGAAAACAGUGGGAUGGUAGGGAAGCUCAUAAAACUGCAGGGAAGACGCCAUUUGAGUCUGCUGCUGUUAUAGUUGAAGAUUAUGGGCUUCCUUGUGCAGCAGAAGAAUUCCUCUCUGAAAUCACUCCAAUGUUUAGUAAUCAAUGGUGUAAAAUUAAGGCACUUCCAGGUGCCAACCGGCUAAUAAAGCAUUUGAGACAUCAUGAAGUACCAGUGGCACUGGCAUCUAAUUCUCCAAAAGCAAACAUAGAAACGAAAAUAUCUUAUCAUCAAGGUUGGAAGGAGUCAUUUUCUGUUAUCAUUGGGGGCGAUGAAGUGAGGAUUGGAAAACCAUCUCCUGAAAUAUUCCUUGAAGCAGCUAAUAGAUUAAAGAUCGAACCUUCUAACUUGCUGGUUAUUGAAGAUUCUGUACCCGGUGUUGCUGCUGGCAAGGCUGCUGGAAUGGAAGUAGUUGCUGUGCCAUCCCUUCCCAAACAGAAUCACCUUUACACUUCAGCUGAUGAGGUCAUCAACUCAUUACUUGAUUUAAGACCUGAAAGUUGGGGCUUGCCUCCAUUUCAAGAUUGGAUUGAGGGUACUUUGCCUAUAGAACCAUGGCAUAUUGGUGGCCCUGUCAUCAAGGGAUUUGGUCGUGGCUCCAAAGUUCUUGGGAUUCCAACUGCUAAUUUAUCAACAGAAGGUUAUUCGGAUCUACUCUCAGAACAUCCCUCCGGAGUAUAUUUUGGUUGGGCUGGACUAUCAACCAGAGGCAUCUAUAAAAUGGCCAUGAGCAUCGGUUGGAAUCCAUACUUUGACAACAAGGAGAAGACAAUUGAGCCCUGGUUGUUGCACAAGUUCGAUGAGGAUUUCUAUGGAGAGGAACUGCAUCUUAUCAUCGUUGGCUAUAUACGACCAGAGGCGAAUUUCUCAUCACUUGAGAGCCUAAUAGCAAAGAUCCACGAGGAUGGGGAUAUGGCGGAGAAAGCUCUUGAUUUGCCAUUGUACACAAAGUACAGGGACGAUCCAUAUUUGAAAAUGUCUUGACAGCGGGCAUUUCCCAUUUACAAAUAGAGUGUAGACAACCUUACACUUUGUUGAAACAAAUACUGAACCGAUGUCAUGACAUUCAAGGAAUCGCUAAGUCUUUUUACUUGAUUGAGAGUGAUAACAAAAGGCUUGUAAGCUCUAGUACACUAAUAUGCUGAAUCUAUCAACCAUAUGGUCAAUCUCAUGCCAAUGAUAAUAAUUCACGUACAGGUAAUUCAA